AUGACUAACAUAAAUCUUUGCAAGCCUGUUAUAUCUCUUCUCUUCUUCAUAAUCUGCUUUGUUACCAAACCCUCCGAUGCAUCCGGAAGCAUAGCCAUCUACUGGGGCCAAAACGGCAACGAAGGUAAUCUCUCGGCCACGUGUGCCACCGGUAGGUAUGCUUACGUCAACGUCGCCUUUCUUGUGAAAUUUGGAAACGGCCAAACGCCGGAGCUCAACCUCGCCGGCCACUGCAACCCGGCGGCCAACACGUGCACCCAUAUUGGCUCUGAGGUCAAAGAUUGUCAGUCUCGGGGCAUCAAGGUUAUGCUGUCUCUCGGUGGCGGGAUCGGAAACUACUCCAUCGGGUCUACGGAGGACGCGAAAGUGGUCGCGAAUUAUUUGUGGAACAACUUUUUGGGAGGAAAAUCAUCGUCACGUCCCUUAGGUGAUGCUGUUCUUGACGGUAUCGACUUCAAUAUAGAGCUUGGCUCACCUCAACAUUGGGAUGAUCUUGCUAGGUUUCUUUCAAAAUUUUGUAACCGAGGAAGAAAAGUGUAUCUAACGGGAGCUCCUCAGUGUCCAUUUCCAGACAGAUUAAUGGGAAGUCCUCUUAACACAAGACUUUUCGAUUAUGUUUGGGUCCAAUUCUACAACAACCCACCUUGUCAAUACACUCUUGGUAAUACUAAAAGCCUUUUCGAUUCGUGGAACACGUGGACCACUUCUGUCACUGCUCAGAAAAUCUUUCUAGGUCUUCCGGCGGCUCCUGAAGCUGCCGGAAGUGGAUACAUUCCGCCGGACGUAUUGAUUUCGCAGAUUCUUCCGAUUCUAAAGAAGUCACGGAAAUAUGGAGGCGUCAUGCUUUGGUCUAAAUUCUGGGAUGAUAAAAAUGGAUACAGUUCAUCUAUACUCGCUAGCGUGUGA